AUGCGAUUCUUCAAACGUAAACGAUGCAAGAAAAUCUUGCAAGGGUUCUCAUUGGUGUUAUGCCAUGGACCGCUAGCAUCUUCUGAGGUUGGUGGAAACAGUCGUAACGAUGAAGAACAUAACUCUUCAUUCCCAAAUCGUGAAGCAGCUCCAUCAAACCCAAAUCUCAGAGGCGGUUCAUCCCAAGACAUUUUCAGCUCAUUCGUUCCGGUAGAAUUAAGUAUCAAAUUCCGAAAUCUCCAAGACGCGUCCCGGACACCCAAUGUCACUCCACCCUCAAAUACAUUCUCGACAUUCAAGCCAGAUGCACCUCAGACAUCCAACCCAAAUCUCGGAGGCCGAAACAUGUUCGUCAGCUCAAACGCCUCCCGGACACCCAAUCAAGACGGCUCCGGCACUCCACCCUCAAGUACAUCCACGACAUUCAAGCCAGAUGCACCUCAGACAUCCAACCCAAAUCUCGGAGGCCGAAACAUGUUCGUCAGCUCAAACGCGUCCCGGCCACUCAAUCAAGACGGCUUCAGCACUCCACCCUCAAGUACAUCCACGACAUUCAAGCCAGAUGCACCUCAGACAUCCAACCCAAAUCUCGGAGGCCGAAACAUGUUCGUCAGCUCAAACGCCUCCCGGACACCCAAUCAAGACGGCUCCGGCCCUCCACCCUCAAAUGCAUUCAUGUCGACUCCUCAAAACCCCAUCGCAUCCAAGCAAUCCAAUUCAAAUCUUAAGGGAGGUUCAUUCGGGAAUGCGUGUACCAGCUUACAUCGUCAACCAAAAAAUCAGCGAGUGACUUCUUUAGAGCUCGACAAGCUCGAUAAACUUUUGUCGGAUCUCAGUUCCUACUCCUCGACACCAUCUGAUGCAAGUUCCCCUGGAUUUCCUCCCAUGUCCUCAACCACUAAGGUUCCAUCUGCAUCAGGGACCCCCGCACCCGGUCAAGCCGCGUCUUCAACCCCUAAGGUCCCAUCUGCAUCAGGGACCCCCGCACCCGGUCAAGCCGCGUCUUCAACCCCUAAGGUCCCAUCUGCAUCAGGGACCCCCGCACCCGGUCAAGCCGCGUCUUCAACCCCUAAGGUCCCAUCUGCAUCAGGGACCCCCGCACCCGGUCAAGCCGCGUCUUCAACCCCUAAGGUUGCAUCCUAUUCAAGGACCCGCGCACCCGGUCAAGCCGCGUCCUUAACCCCUAAGGUUGCAUCUGAUUCAACUACCCCCGCGCCCGGUCAAGCCGCGUCCUUAACCCCUAAGACAAGGACCCCCGCGCCCGGUCAAGCCGCGUCCUUAACCCCUAAGACAAGGACCCCCGCGCCCGGUCAAGCCGCGUCCUCUGAGGAUCAACCCAGUCGAGAAGGUCUAGAGAUUUCCUCGUCCACCGUACCUAUCGUCCCUAGUGGUACACUCGUUCCUAUCGUCCACCACAAUCCGGCAGGGGGGCCAGAAAGGAUUGAAGCCAACGGCAGUGUCGAGGAGAGAAUUGUAGUUUCUUCAACAUCUACACCCGCAUCUCAAACCUUAUCCACCAGGCGUGGAGAUGAUAGAAAUCAACGGAUUGGUUGUCGCGUCCUGCUGCGUCGGAGCUUCUUGAUUGGCUUCACUGCUGCCCUUGCCUGUUUUGUUGCUUUGUUGUUGGUCGUAGGUUCAACGAAACCAUCUCCGUCAUAA